AUGACAAGCAUACAACAAGAAAAGACCCCCGUCCAAACUCCAGCAAUUCUCAAGUACAUCCUUGAAACAAGUUGCUAUCCGAAAGAGCAUGAACAAUUGAAAGAACUAAGAGAGGCCACCGUAAAGAAAUUCGAGGGCUCAUGGGAGCAUUUGAUGAGUGUGCCUAUAGAUGAAGCUCAGUUUCUGUCGAUUCUUCUUAAAACUAUGAAUGCAAAGAAAACCCUAGAAAUUGGAGUCUUCACUGGUUAUUCUCUUCUUGCUACAGCUCUUGCUCUGCCAACUGAUGGCAAGAUAACGGCAAUUGAUGUGGACAGAGAAGCAUACGAGGCUGGAUUGCCUUUUAUCCAGAAAGCUGGUGUGGAGCAUAAAAUUGAGUUUAUCCUUGGAGAUGCAUUAUCCGUUCUACAUGAUCUUGUUGAUGGAAAACAAGAAGAAUCAUUUGAUUUUGUUUUUGUGGAUGCUGCUAAGGAUCAAUACAUAAAGUACCAUGAACAAGUGUUGAAACUGAUGAGAAAGGGUGGAAUAGUUGCUUAUGACAACACUUUGUGGGCUGGUUCGGUGGCAAUGUCCGAGGAUGAAGAAAUGGGUGAUCACAUAAAGCCGUAUAGGAAGCCUUUGAUUGAGUUCAACAAGUUUAUAGCAAGUGAUUCUCGAAUAGAAUCAAUCAUUCUCUCUGUUGGGGAUGGUUUAACACUUUGUCGGAAGGUUUGA